UUCAUAUUCGCCCACUAUCACGCAGAACGAGGUUGUAUCUACCGCUACAAAAAUCCGACCGUUGGACCUUCGCCAUUGAUAAACAGACCACGCCGGACAAGGUUCAACAAUGGUGACAAUGAGCGAUACAGCUACACAACCUCUAGAUACCUCAACCCCGGUUGCAGUAACCCCUAACACUCAAACAAUGAACUACAGCGAUUCUACUCCAAAGCUUUCUUCCGAUUACGAGAAAUGCAGAGAGCAAAGAAUCAAAGAGAAUCUUGAAAGAAUGCAAAAGCUCGGGAUUCAUGAUCUAUCUCUUAAGCUGAAAUCUAUGAAACCGAAUACCCAUAGGAGAAACAACAAACCCUAUAAAACCCCUAAUCGCUGUAUUUCCCCUUUUCCCUCCUCCGUCCCCUCUCGUCGAUCCUCAAGGUUGCAGAAUACACCAACAGUUAGCUACACAGAGGUCGAUUUAUCUAAAAAAGCUAAAGAUGAUACUAAUCUGUGGAUGGGAGAGCAUAAAAGACCUGAAGUUUACACAGAAGAACAUGAAAAGCUUCUGGGAGAUACCAAAACAGAGUGGACUCUUUUUGUUGAUGGAUAUGGAAAAGAUGGCAAGAAAAUCUAUGAUCAAGUUAGGGGAAAGACAUGUCAUCAAUGCAGACAAAAAACACUCGGUUAUCGCACACAUUGCAUCAAAUGUAACCUUGUUCAAGGCCAAUUUUGUGGAGAUUGUUUGUAUAUGAGAUACGGGGAGAAUGUUCUAGAAGCAAUGCUGAAUCCCAAUUGGAUUUGUCCGGUUUGUCGAGGGAUUUGUAAUUGCAGUUUGUGUCGUCAGGCAAAAGGGUGGGCCCCAACGGGUGUUCUUUAUAGGAAGAUUUCAAGUCUUGGGUAUAAAUCAGUUGCACAUUAUCUCAUUCAAACUCAUCGGGCUGACUCUAAUUCUGAGAAGAAUGAGAAGACUGAAAAUUCUGUUUGUGCUAAACGGUCACUACCCUUUUCAAAGGAAGAUGUUGAGGCCCAAAAGGUGAUUGAAAUACAAUCAUCGGAUGAAUCCGGGGGUAAAAAUGUCAAACUAGAAAGUGGUCAGAAGGUAUCGGAACACAAGAAUCCAGAAUUAGAGAUCGAGUCUGGAAACGGUAUUGCAACAAAUGAAGGGAUUAAGGACAAAGAACCACCGGAAUUGAAAUUAUCGGAUGAAGGUUUAAGUCCGGAAUCGGAAUGCAAGAUUCCGGAGAACACAAUUCCGGAAAUGGAAUGCAAGAUUCCGGAGACAGGUAAAGGCGAAAACAAGAAUACGAAUCCGGAAUCGGAAUGCAAGCUUCCGGAGAAAGGUGUUGAUGAAGGUGGAGACAAAAACAUGAAUACGAAUCCGGAAUCGGAAUACAAGAUUCUGGAGACAGGUAAAGAUGAAAACAAGAAUACGAAUUCGGAGUUGGAAUACAAGAUUCAGGAGAGGGAGGUGGAUGAAGGUGAAGAUGGAAACAAGCAGACACUUAACAUGUCUAAAGGCAACAAAGCAGACAAUGAGGGCAAAAUCGUCAUUACACCAGAAACAAAACCAGGGUCUGGAAAGAAACGCCAAAUGGUCAUGGUAGAGAAUAGCAUUGCUGGAAGACUUAGGUCUAGACGCAGAUGCAUUUGAAGAUUUAUUUCUUUGAUUUCUUGUUUAUUUCAUGUGUUUUAAAAGAAUUGAAUCAAGAAAAGGGGCUUUAUGCUGCAAGAACAUUUAUUUUUGGGUUCUUUAAGGUUUUUUCUUGUAGCAUUUUUUGUUCAUUGUAGCCCUUGAUGUAAUUUAAUUUACAAUUUGGUUGAUGG